AUGGAGAAAAUGAGCAAAUUUAGUAAGAGUACGUCGUUCAGCCCGACUACAUCUUUCACUAGGAGUACAUCAUUUAAUAGAAGUCAAUCAUUGAAAUCAAGAACCUUGAGUGUAACAACCCCAACCAGCUGUCAAUCUAGCUGGGUAUCGUGGGUUAGUCUGUUUAGUUGGGUCUCGCGUUGGUUUAACACACUCAUAGUGACUGGCAUUUUCAUUUCGUUUCUCAUUGCCCUUUAUGGGGGCUAUCUGUAUGUCAUGCCAAGUCUCAGCCUCACUUUUCAUGGUUAUGGUGUUUUGAAACAUGCUAAUUUGAUAAGCAGCUGCGAUGUGUUUGAUGGAAGUUGGGUUUUCGAUGAUAAUUAUCCAUUGUACAAUGCUACGGAGUGUCCCUUUGUGGAGCAGGGUUUCAAUUGUUUGGCUAAUGGUCGUAGAGAUAAGCAUUAUUUGAAAUAUAGUUGGAAACCUAACAAUUGUGACAUUCCAAGAUUUGACGUGCCGAGUAUAUUAGAGAAGCUUAGAGGAAAAAGAGUUGUUUUUGUGGGGGAUUCUAUGAGUAGAACACAGUGGGAGUCACUAAUUUGCUUGCUCAUGACUGGGGUGGAGGAUAAGAAGAGUGUGUAUGAAGUCAACGGUAAUAAGAUUACGAAACAGAUCAGAUAUUUGAGUGUUCACUUUAGUUCCUUCAAUUUUACUAUUGAGUUCUUUCGAUCAGUUUUCUUGGUUCAACAUGGUUGGUUGCCUAGACAUGCUCCAAAGAGGGUCAAGUCUAUACUUAAGUUGGACAAGUUAGAUGACAUUAGCAAUCAGUGGAUUAAUUCUGAUAUUCUGAUAUUCAACACUGGACAGUGGUGGGUUCCGGAAAAACUAUUUGACUUGGGUUGCUAUUUCCAGUUUGGAAACUCACUAAAGCUUGGAAUGUCAAUUCCUACUGCCUUUAGAACAGCACUGGAUACUUGGGCAUCAUGGGUUGAGGAAAAAAUCGACACUAACAGAACUCGUGUCUUUUUUCGGACUUUUGAGCCCUCUCACUGGAGUGAUCCAACUCGUAGAUUUUGCAAUGUGACUCUUCACCCAAUGGUAGACACCAGAAAUAGAGACAAAAGCAUUUUUUCAGACACUGUGCAUGAGGUGGUAAAGAAUAUGACAAUUAAUGUAGCCGUUCUUCAUGUAACUUCAAUGUCAUCUUUCCGAAGUGAUGCACACGUUGGUAACUGGAGCGAUAAACCAUCUUUUCCUGAUUGUAGCCACUGGUGUUUACCAGGUUUACCUGAUGUGUGGAAUGAAAUCAUCCUCUUUUACCUGCCUUAUGACUCUAAGGGGAUUCUAGCUUGGCAUUUUGGUGGAUCCCAAGGUUGA